AUGUCUGAAGCCAUCCAAACGCACGAGACACCAGCCCCAAGGUACACCGAAAACGACGAGAACGGCUUCGCCGCCCGCCUCGAAUCAUUCCAGAAGACCCACCCGGACUACCCAAUCAUCCCAGUCACAAAAUACCCCAGCACCCCAGAGCUAUUCAAAAACCGCCUUCCCAGCCUCUCAAGCACGACAGAGUCAUGGCAGUCCGCCGGGAGCGACGCGCACGGCCUCCAAGCCGACAUAGUCACCGCCCUCUUCGCAAGCAUCUCCGCCGCGGACACAGCCGCAGCCGCCCACCUCAUAACCCAAGGCCUAAUCUCCCCGGACUGCCCCAAAGCAACCGGCGAGACCGCACUGCUGGCAUCCGUCCGCGCCCGCAGCGCCGCGACGGCGCGCGCCCUGCUGCUCCUCGGCGCGGACCCGGACCUCGCCGGCAGGGCCGGGGGGCCGGACCACGGCGCCGAGCGCACCCCGCUCAUGCUCGCCGCCGCGACGGGCCAGCUGGCCGUCGUGCGGAUGCUGGUCGGGGAGUUCGGCGCGGACGACGCCGCCGUCGGGCCAAGAGGGGAGACGGCGCUGCGGCUCGCCGCUGAGGCGGGCCACCGCGAUGUCGUGCGGUACCUCCCCGCGCGGCGUGGGGGUGCCUGGAGGCGGCUGAAACACAGCAAGGAGGUCGUUGCGCUGCGGCGGGCAGCAGUCAGCGCGAGGAAGGCGGUGCGGUUCUUCGGGUGGGACCUGCCGCGGCUGCUACUGGUUGAUAUCCCGUGGGAGGUUGGGAAGUGGGUUUGGAGGCGCAGGCACUGUGUUGGGCCGUGGGUGGUGCGUGUGGUGAGGGGGACCCCUCGGGGGUUGAUAGAUCUGGCCAAGGCCAUUUGGAUGGGUCUGAAGCGGCUUCCUCGCCUCUUGUGGAGGGUGGUCUUGUGGAUCUCUGAAGUGGUGUCCCGAGCUUGGGAGAUCAUGCGGAAGGGGCUUGUGGACGGCGCGAAGAACCUGGGCCGCGCCGUUGUUUUUGCGGCCCGGAGACUGGUCUCGGUUCUGCAUAGUUCCUUCGCUGCUAUUAUCACACGUCUGAAAGGUAUCAAGCUGAAGGAUGUCGGGCAUGACUUGUUGGUUGCGAUGGAGGCACUCUUUGUUAAGCUUCCCCGAGCGGUGUGGGCUUUCGUGUCUCAGUCAGUGGUGAUGGCUGGGAGGGCUUUCAAGACGUUCUUCAGCAAUUCCUGGAUACGCACGCUGCUUAAGGUGCUCUGCAUUGUUCCACAGAUACUCUGGUUGAUGCUGGAAAGCAUGUGGGCAUCUUUUGGGCGCGGGCUGGACGAGCUGAUCACCUUGGCCAACCCUAAGAGAAUUCCAUCUGGGGGAAGUAGAUCUUGA